UCAGUAUUCUACUGAUUGUUUACGGUGUCGAAUGUGUCACUAGCUGUAGUACUCGUUCGCGUGGGGUUUAAUUUAUUUGGAAAUUAUAUUCCAUCCAUCGAAUAAACAAGUGUGGUGUGUAGUAUAAAACAUUUCUUAUAUUGUGGAUUUAAGAAAAACUAAACAUGUCAGCAGAUAAUAUUGAAAAAUUGUACCAAAAUUAUGGUAUAUUAGCCGACGCCAAAGAUGACAUCUCUAAGCAUGAAAAGGAAUACUUGGAAAUAUUGGCGGCAGUGAAGGGGUCGGAUAAAGAAAAACGUUUGGCGUCACAGUUCAUUGCGAAAUUUUUCAACAGCUUUCCUAAUCUCGCAGAUCAAGCAAUAGAAGCUCAAUUCGACUUGUGUGAGGACGAUGAUGUUGCUAUCCGGAAACAAGCUAUCAAGGACUUACCUACGUUGUGUAAAGACCACAAGGAGCAUACGCAAAGAAUUGCUGAUAUCCUAGCUCAACUAUUACAGUCUGAAGAUACUACAGAGAUCAAUGUAGUGACUAGCUCAUUACUUACUAUUCUGAAGAUAGACCCAAAAGGUGCACUUACGGGAAUGUUCUCUCAAAUACACCAGAACACAGAAAGUGAAGUGACUAAUGAGGUUGUAAGGGAAAGAUGUAUUAAAUUCUUGGCAUCUAAAGUGAAACAACUCGGACGUGAAGUGAUUACGAAGGAAGCUGAAGACCUGAUUGUCGCUGAAUGCAAGAAACUUUUGGAGUUGCAGGAUGUUGUAGCUGAAGAAUUUGAGCAUAUUAUGGAGUUGUUGACAUGGUCAAAGUUAGGGAAGACUCCUGCUGGGAAAAAGGAGCUGGUACAGAUUGUUGCUGCUCUUGCAUUCACUCCUGAUGACUGGCAUCCAGAGGAUCCCGAGUAUGUGGAACGAGUUAUCCAGUGCACACAACAUGCUCUGCCAUUGUUCUCGGCAUUAGUGGAUUCCACUCAGUUUGUCAACAUUUUCUGUGAUUAUAUAUUGCAAGGGUGGGACAAUAUUACCACACCAGAAGGCACAGACCCGAAAUUGGAACUCUUGAAGAUAUUUGCUGAGAUCACAGAACAUUGUGGUGAACUUGAAAAUCCAUCAAAGAAGAUUGAUGCAGUUUAUGAAUUGCUAAUGAAAUACUUGCCCGAAGCACCAAUUGAAAGUGAAGUGACUGAAGGUGAAAAAUCAGAAGAGAAGCCAGAAGAUGCAAAGAAUGCACCACUAUUACAAUUUUCUCAUGUUGAGUGUGCAUUAUUUGCUCUACACUCCUUAUGCCGUAAGGCUCCGGAGGCACUAACUACAGAUGCUGCCAAAAUUAAAGCUUUGCGCUUGCGCCUGCAAUACACAGCGCGACUCACUCAAGGAUACAUAAAGAAAUUGAAAGAAGUUACACAGGGCCAAAAAGGUGAAGAUGCCAACUCGGAAGAAAACAAACUGAAAAUAGCAGCGUUGAAGACUACUUCUAACAUCAACACACUCAUACGAGAUCUAUUCCGUACUCCGCCCAGCUUCAAGAGCAAAGUUCAACUGUCAUUCCAUACCAAGAAAGUUGAUAAAGAGGAGAAACAGACUGCUGACUCAGAGAAUACAAAACAAUCGCCAGGACAAAAACGACACCGUCCAAUUACCUUUGACAAUGACAAUGAAAAAGAAUCACCUGAGAAGAGAUCACGUAGUGGAGACAGAAAUAUUAAAAUGUACACCCCACCUUCUGGAAAAUACAGCUCAAGGUUGAACAAUAACGGAAGAUUCUCUGGGAAUAAUUCUGGCGGAAGGGGAGGCCGAGGGGGUUAUGGUAGACGCGACUUCAGAAACAAUGGAGCACCUUUCCGAAGGCGAAACAACUAUUAAAUUUCGCAACAUCGGAAGAAUGCAUACAUAAUGACAAAGAUUUUAAGAAGUUCAAUUGAUAUAGUCACUAUUAUUACUCGCUCCAUUCUAGUAGAAAACUUGACAAUCCAAAUCUCCGAAUUGUUGCAAUAGGAGAAGGAAAUCCAACAGUUUUCUCUUGCAACAUAUUAGAAUAGGAAUUUGUGUAGGCAUGGGGUAGCAGUGGAGUUAUUCUAUGCAGAAAUUUUGUUGUGAUUGUUUAGGUUGAGUUCCACCGAUUUUAUUCCAUUGCGUGUCCAAAUUGUGGGAAGCACAUUUUCAUAGUUCGAUAACAACAAAUUUUCUUUUGUUGACAUCCUUAUUUAGUUUAGCUGCAUGAAGUGGAAGAGCGACGUCGAAAGGUUUUGUUUAUUUUUAAAAAGGAGCCACCAAUUUUUAUUUUUAAUCUAGCAGCAAUGGCGGAUUGUAUUUGGGUUUCAGUAGUCACCUCCAUAAUUUCCUGUAGUUGAGCAGCAUUGUAAGUAAUAAAUUCUAAUUGUUAUAAUACCUAAUUUAGCAGUCGUGUCUUAUAACAGCAACUGAUUAGUAUUAAAUGAAUCAUCACUUCACUUGGUAAGUAUUAGAAUUAAUGUAGAGAUAAUUGUCAUUGACGAGAUCCCGGAGACUCCACCUGGAUUAUUUAAUUCUGACGUCGUGUUGGGCGCCGUAAUUCUGUAAGUAUCUACUAUUUAUUAAGAUAAUUUUUGUCUUAUAGCCGGGAAGGUGCAGAAGUAGAAGCAAGUUUCUACCACAUUCUUCGAUUUUACUCCAGAUUUUUGUUGCAUCUUCUUUAUGAGGAAUAAGAAGAAUUUAUGAAGGUUUUGAUUGCAGAAUACUUAUGGAAUUUUCUACGAGAAUAAAACAUUUUAAUACAAUUA